AUGGCUCUCAAUAACACCAGAUCUGCUUUAAACAUUGCUCACCCUCCUCUCUCUGUUAUUCAGAUUCCUCUCUCUGUUAUUCGGAUUCCUCAAUCUCACCAACACUCUUUACGGAUCUUCCUCUCCUGUGGUUCAGCUCACUUGUUGGUAGAGUUCUUUGCACCAUGGUGUGGUCAUUGCAAAUCUCUUACACCAACAUGGGAGAAAGUGGCUUCUGUUUUGAAAGGUGUUGCUACCGUUGCAGCCAUUGAUGCUGACGUUCACCAGUUUGUUGCUCAGCCUCAUGUUGAUUACCAAGGAGUUAGAGAUGCUAAAUCCAUUGCUAAUUUUGCUUACAAGCAGAUUAAGGCUCUUCUGAGUGACCGUUUGGAAGGAAAAAGUAAGCCAACUGGAGGAGGAUCUAGCGAAAAGAAGUCAGAGCCUAGUGCAUCAGUGGAACUGAACUCAAACAGUUUUGAUGAGUUAGUCAUCAGAAGUCGUACAUGCUUCUACGAGUACACUUGGGAAGUCAUUUUAGGUUGA